AUGGAUAUUGAAAAUAUGAUUCCAAAUAAUAAAUUUGAAAUAAAUGCUGAUAUAAAAUUAAAUGAGAGUUGUAAAAAAAAUAUAAGUAAACAAUUAAUGCAGAAAAAAUAUAUUUACCUGAAUACAUUAGGAGAUAAUUUGAGUUAUAAUGAGAUAAAUAAUAAUAAACAAUAUAAUUUACAUUAUAAAUUAAAGGAACCUAAUGAAAUAAAAAUACGUGAGGAAAUAAGAAAAAAUAAUAAAGAAAAUGAAAUAUAUUAUAAUGAUAGAAUUUCAUAUAUAAACAAAGAUAUAAAAUAUAUAGAAAAUAAAAUUCACAAUAAAAAUAUAAUACAACCAAAAUUUGUCAACAAUUAUUCAUAUUACAUAUCCACUUUGAACUUAACAAAAAAACGAUAUUCAAAUGUAGAAGGAUAUAAUAAAUAUGAUAAAUUUUCAAAUGUAUGCAUGCAUAAUAACAAUAGUGUGAAUAAAGAAAUUACAAGAAAAGGGAAACAUAUACUCGAAAAUGAAUAUAAUAAAACAUUAUAUUAUAGAAACAGUAGAAUACAUAACAAUAAAUGUAAUUUUUUAUUAAAGAAUGAAAUUUUCUAUGAUGAUAAAGAUUUAUCUAACUCAAAAGAAGCGAGCUUUAAAGAGUUUUUAAACGGUAAAAGUACAAAGAAAUGUACUGAAAAUGAAAAUUAUUUAAUUUUAACAAAAAAUGAAAUGAGAAAAUGUUCUUAUUGUUCUGGUAAUAUAAAUAAUUCACACACAUUAAAAAAAAAUUUUUUUAUUGUGGAAAACAAAAACUCAUAUACAACUUUAAAGAAUGAUCAAAAAUGUACUUUUAAUUUUAAUAAUUCGAAUAGUUAUUGUAGGCAAAACCCUAUGGAAUUUCCUAGUAUUCUUACAAAUUAUUUUCCUUACGAAAGCAAAGAUAAUUGUUUAAGUGGAAAUGCACUACCUAAUAAAUUAGAUAAUAUAUCUCUUCAUAAAAGUAAAAAAAAUUAUCAUUUGAAGGAUAUUAAUCUUUUUGAUUUUCUAAAGGGUAAUGAAAAUACUUCAUAUAAUUUUAAUGAUAAAAAUAAUAAAAAAAAAAAUUUAUCUAAUUGUAAAAAUGAUUCAAUUAAAUUAUAUUUUGAUAAAAAUCAAAUAAAUAAUUUUAUCCUCACAUAUGAUCAAAAGUACUCAACAAAAAAUAUAGAAAAAAAAAAAAAUGAAUUUGCAGAAUAUAGUCUAUAUAAAGAAUCAUGCUGUUUAAAUAAUGAAAUAAAUAAUCAAAUUUAUAGAUCAAGUAAAGGAAAUAUUGAAAAAGAAAUUAUACAAUUGAAUGGUGUUUCAACAAUUGAAUGGUGUUUCAACGAAAGAAUGUUAAAGAAACAGGAGUUUCAAUUAGAAUUUAAUAAUUCUUUUGUUAUAAAAGACGAAGAAUUUCAAAAUGAAAAUAAAAUAGAAAAUAUAGAUAAUAAUAAAGAUGCAGAUAGAAAUAAUAUUAUAAAUAUAAAUGAAGAUAAAUGUAAAAGUAAAAUUACAAAUAUAUGUAAAAAUCAUGUAAAAGAUAGAGAUAAGAAUAAGGAUAAUAAUGAAGAUGAAAUUAAAAAUGAAGUUAAAUACGCAAAUAGGAAUAAAAAUAAUAAUGAAGAUGAAAUUAGAAAGGAAGUUAAAUAUACAAAUGGGAAUAAAGAUAAAAAUGAAGAUGAAAUUAAAAAAGAAGAAGAAUAUACAAAUAGGAAUAAAGAUAAUAAUGAAGAUGAAAUUAAAAAUGAAGAAGAAUAUACAAAUAGGAAUAAAGAUAAUAAUGAAGAUGAAAUUAAAAAGGAAGUUAAAUAUACAAAUAGGAAUAAAGAUAAUAAUGAAGAUGGAAUUAAAAAUGAAGAAGAAUAUGCAAAUGAGAAUAAAGAUAAUAAUGAAGAUGAAAUUAAAAAUGAAGAAGAAUAUGCAAAUGAGAAUAAAGAUAAUAAUGAAGGUGAAGUUAAAAAUGAAGAAGAAUAUACAAAUGAGAAUAAAGAUAAUAAUCAAGAUGAAGUUAAAAAUGAAGAAAAAUAUGAUGAUAAAUAUGUACAAAAUGAUUUAUGUAAAGUAGGUGAAAAAUUAAAGGACCAAUCAAAAUAUAAAGGAGUAAGUAUAUUUUUUAACGGUGAUAGAAGGUUUUUUUUUUUUGAUAUUCCACCUAACGAAAUAAUAGAAAGAAAAAAUAUUAAAAUAAUUGAACUAGUAAGUGAGGGAAGUUUUGGUGUUGUUUACAAAGCUAUAUGGAAUAAUAAAAUUGUUGCUGUAAAAAAGGCUCAUGAAAAAAUGUCUUUAGAGGCUAUGAGAUCAAUUGUAAGAGAAAUGAAUACAUAUAGAUCUGUUUCUCAUGAUUACAUUAUACAGUAUUAUGGAGUGUGUAUAGAAGAAUCUUUCAUUGGAAUAGUUAUAGAAUAUUUAAGUAAGGGAAAUGUUUUCGAUAUAUUAUACAAUAACUCAGUGGAUUUGUCAUAUGAAGUUCGUUUAAAUAUGGCAAUUCAAUUAGUGCGUGUAGUUAAUUAUCUUCAUGAAAAUGAAAAGUUAGUUCAUAGGGAUUUAAAAACUAGCAACUUAUUAUUGGAUGAAAAGUUUAAUUUAAAAUUAUGUGAUUUUGGAAAAACAAGAAAAUUAGACAAAAAUGGAAAGAUAGUUCUGGAAGAUAAUGGAGGAUCUCCUCGUUAUAUGGCCCCUGAAUGUUUUAUUGAUAAAAAUAUAAUAAAUGAAAAAGCUGAUAUAUGGGGACUUGCCUGCUGCUUGAUUGAAAUUUUUGGUGGUUUAAUUCCAUUUCAACAUAUAAAACAGAAGGAAGAUGUUAUUAUUGAAAUUUUAUUAAAUAAAAAAAAACCUGAGAUACCCAAUUGGUUUCAUCCGGACCUUCUAAGCAUAUUAGAAAGAAGUUUUUGUACAGAUCCUAAUAAAAGACCUUCAUGUGAAGAAUAUUUAAAAUUACUUCUAAAGUUCUCAUCAAAAAACAUAUAA